AUGAUCAAUUCAUCGGUCUCUUUGUUUGAAAUCCCUGAGGAUUUUUUCAUGGUGAUGUCAAAGCUCAAAGUCUUAAAUUUAAGUAAUAUGCAACGAUUGUCAUUGCCGUCUUCACUUGAUUUUUUGACAAACCUUCAAACAUUGUGUUUGGAUUAUAGUGAAAUUAAAGAUGUUGCUAUCAUUGGAACGCUAAGGAAACUAAAAGUCCUUAGUUUGCAAGGUUCUAAUAUUAAGGAGUUGCCUACAGAAAUGGGUCAAUUGACUCAGUUAAGGUUAUUGGAUUUAAGCAAUUGUGGGCAAUUAGAAUUUAUUGUGUCGAAUGUGAUAUCAAAACUAUCCCAGCUAGAAGAAUUGUAUAUAAAGGGAUGUUGUAUUCAGUGGAAGGUUGACGUACUCAAGGAGUUAAAGCACUUGUCUCAAUUGACCAGUUUAGAAAUAGAUAUUGAAGAUAACAAGAUGUUGCUUAAAGACUUCUUAUUCCAGAGAGCUUAA